AUGGGCGCUUGUAUGGAUUACCGUAUGGACCAAGGCAGAUUAGGGCUCGGGAGGCCCGAUUCGGAGGUGUCAGCGCCGCCUCCGAUUGGCUGCUGCCCGACCAUGCUUGCGCUGGCCGAGGACUGCGCUAAACCUGUUGCGGUGCCCGCUGUUUACAUAAGCAGCCAAGUGACGGUGCAGGUCGACUUCCCGGCCAAUCCCGGCCAAUCAGAGCCCGUCGCAUUCGGGGAUGACUCAGGCCUGACAAACUUUAAGGGCUUCCUUCGUUCUCAGAAGUUACGGAGUACGCUGGUCAGACGUAUGGAGGAAAUCAUCUUCAGUUCUGACGGUGAAGCCAGUUCCAUGCACGGGGAUGGGACGCUCACGAUCCCCUCUUGA